AUGGUCAAAUUCUACGAGUCCAUCCCCCCAAACCUCUCCAAAUGGAUACAAGCUCAAGAGAUGUUCUGGGUUGCGAGCGCGCCCGCUGGUCCGAGUGGGCACGUCAAUGUGUCGCCAAAGGGCGUCAGGGACACGUUCCGCAUUGAAGGACCCAACAAGGUGUGGUAUGAGGACUUUACAGGCAGUGGAAGCGAGACUAUGGCCCACCUUCGCGAGAACGGCCGAAUUACGAUCAUGUUCUGCGCAUUCGAAGGUGCCCCCCGCAUUCUGAGGCUGUGGGGAACGGGCUAUGUGCACGAGUUUGGCACGCCCGAGUAUGACGCGAUUAUCCCACCCACCAAGCGGCGUCCCGGUUCACGUUGCGUGGUGGUCAUAGACGUAAAAAGGGUUGGAACAUCCUGCGGAACAGGUGUCCCGCACUACACUUUUGUCCGCCAGCGCCCGACCAUGCUCGACUGGUGCGCUCGACUCGAAGUUGCCGACCAGACAUUCGACGCCGAGGCUCCGUCCGACCCCGACAGUGAGCGUGUAGUCUCGGAGAAAGGCAUGAAAGCGUGGUGGACGAAGGAGAACUCGGAGAGCUUGGAUGGCCUGCCUGCCAUGAAGAGCGCCCAUCAGACGUACCUGACGCCGGAGCACGCACCGCCGAAUGGGGAGUGGGGAAAGAAUGCUAAAAACCGCCUAGAGGUCAUAAACGCUCAAAAGAAAGUGAAGAGUACGCCUAGCGGGUACGCGGAGCUAAUCAGGUUAUUAUCGGCGUUCACCAUGGGUCUUGCUGUGGCCACGGCGUAUGUGAAGGUCACUUUUGCCGUGUAG